UGCGCCGCGCCUCUUUGGAUCGACCCGGCUCGGCGCGUGAAAGAGGGAACCGGGUUUAUAUGAGAAAGAAGGUAUCAGUUUCAUUAAAACCAGGUGGACCUGCACUCUACUUCUGUGGCCUUGCAUUGGGUCUUCAAUGGCGGUUAAAGUUGAAAAAUCGGAUUGGGAGAGGAAGAAGAAGCGGAAGAGUUUACACAACGAACGAAAGCUUUUUAAUGAUGAGAAAGGCGAGGUUCUGCGGGGUGGUAUUGGGUCUUCAACGGUGGUGAACCUUGAAGAACCGGAUUGUGGGAGGGAGAGGACGGGCAACAAGAGAAAGCUUCUUGUUGGCGAAGAAGUUGAGGUAAGGAGUGUGGAAGAAGGGCUUCUGGGCUCGUGGCAUUCAGGAACUAUCAUUGGUUGUGAUUAUUUAGUUCGGAACGUGAAAUAUAAUGAGAUAUUGGAUGAUCGGAUGGGAGAAAGAUUCUUAGAGUCUGUGAGUGUUUCUGGUGCUAUUGAGGGAACAAGUGUUGUUGAUACCGACCAGUGUAAUCAUCGUGGUAGGAUAAGGCCAUUGCCACCACAAUGUGACUUUGGGAAAUGGAACCUUCAUUAUGGACUAUGUGUGGAUGUGUUUUUUCGGGAGGCUUGGUGGGAAGGCGUGAUUUUUGACCAUGAAGAUGGUUUGGAGAACAGGAAAGUUUUUUUCCCAGAUUUGGGUGAUGAAUUGACAGUUGGAGUUGAUAGCAUUCGGAUUACUCAGGACUGGAACGAGGGUACAGCAACUUGGGAGCGACGACGGAAUUGGUUGUUUCUUGAGUUGAUUGAGGAAUAUGAACAGGAUUGGCUCCUUAAUGUCUCACUGAAGCAGAUUUGGUAUGAUGUGAGGGAAAAAAAGGGGUUUGAGAAAGUUAAGGAGUGGACUUGUCCAUCAAAUGCUCUAUGGAGAGAGUUGGUUCGGGAGGCCAUUGCUGACAAUUUCAGGAUAACUCUAAAUAAAAUCUGUUCUAUGUUGAAGCCUGAAGUGUUGGCUAACUGUCAUGCGGUGGAACCAAUACGGGGUAUUAGCCCAUUGGAUGGUAGUAUGAUGAUGACUAACAAUGAUGCUAAUGCAACAAAUUCAGGUGAUUAUAGUAUUGGACUUGCUGAUAAAUUGGUUGAAAAUGGUGGCUUGGCUACUAGGUUCCAGUAUACUGAUACAAAAUGUAGUAGCAAUCAACAUGUCCAGGAGAAGCAUGAGGUGGAUGGUGUGAUUCCUUUUGUGGAGAAUAGUGGGUUGGAUAUGCCCUAUCGUGAUAAAGAGAUGUCUGUUCAACCUCAGCCUUUGUUGGUUAUACCUUCUAAACCAAAUAAAUUGGAGAAUUUCACUUUUGAUUGCAAAAGUGAAGGAUAUUCUAAUAACCCUUCAGCUAAUAGGAAGAAUGAUUGGAGACGUGUUGAUACUGACAUACUUCACGGAGCCGAGUCCUGCUUUGAUGCAAUUAUUGAAUAUGCACUUAUUUCUUCUGGGAAGAGGAAACCUCCAAAUUCAUUAACAGAAAAUGUCAGGAAGCACCUUUCAUAUCUGGGCUGGAAAAUUGAGUUUAUGAACAAAGAUUUUCCUAGAUUUCGUUACACCUCCCCUGAAGGGAAGACUUACCUAUCUCUUCGACAGGUCUGUCAAGAUUUGCGGCGACCUGCUGCGGAAAUUGAUUCUCCAAUUUCCCAAGAUGACCAGAGAAGUUUGCUUAGUCCAUAUGAUGACCUGGCAUUUCCACUCGUUAAAUUGCAAGUGAAUGAUCUGUCAAGUCAGCUUAUUGAAAAAUCACAAGUGAGUAAGGGAAAAUGGACAGUGCCUAGUCAUGAUGACAGAGUUGAUAUUGAUCAUGAAUAUUGCCCUCAAGCUGUAGUCAACUACUAUUUUCUUGGGUUAGACAAGAAAGAACACCAUAGCAGGAAGGAUGACAUUCAGAGUUGUUUGGAUUUAAAAUCUAAAGCAAAGAAGCACCUCUCAUUCAUGGGUUGGACAUUUUGGUAUGCAUAUAGGAGAGGGAAGCGUGAAAUGCGCUACUUUUCACCAAAAGGAAAGUGUUAUUAUUCUCUUCGUACAGCCUGCAAGGGCUGUAUGGAUGAAGGUGGAGCUUCUGAAGGUACUUCUACCACUUGUAACCCUGUGAAAACCAUGAAUGUUAGUGAGGUAGCUUUGGGCCAAGAAUUAUCUUCUGCCUUGAUUGAUAUGAGAAUGCAGAACAGUUUGAUAGAACAAAAUGUACCAUCUGCAAAGUGGCCAAUAAAGUCUUCCAGAAUAUCACAGUUGAAAAGCAAAGAGAUUAGUGCAGUUACAAAGAAGAGACAUGAUGGACUACAUGGUGUUACCUCUAAUUCGCUUCAAUGUUGGACACAAUCCACUGGAAAAGAUGGAUUUGGAAUUGGAUUAGUAGGUGACAGAGAGUUGAGGCACCCAAAGGACAAAAAUGUCUGCUUCUCAAAGUUGAAGAAUGGAAAGGGUUCUAAAGCUUUGAUGAGACUAAAUGGUCUAGAUGGUACCCGUGUUCUGCGAUCUAGAAAAAGAGCACGUCAGGUACUGAUUCCUGGUUCAUCAAACAACCCAAGGACUAUACUUUCUUGGUUGAUAGACAACAAUGUGGUGCUGCCAAGGGCAAAAGUACACUACAGUAGUCGAAGGGAUCAUCAUCCAAUGGCAGACGGGCGGAUAACUCGUGAUGGGAUCAAAUGCAGUUGUUGCCAAGAAGUGUUUAGUCUUAGCAGGUUUGAAGCUCAUGCUGGCAGCUCUUAUCACAGGUCAGCUGCCAAUAUUUUCUUGGAAGAUGGAAGGUCUCUGUUAGAAUGCCAAAUGCAAAUAAUACGUGAUAUUACUGGGAAAGGCUUCACAAAAGAAUCGUUUAGUAGGAAGAAGAGCAAUGAACGUCACCAUGAGAAUGACUACAUUUGUUCUGUUUGUCACUAUGGUGGUGAUUUAGUCCUAUGUGACCAUUGUCCAUCCUCAUUCCAUAAGAGUUGCCUUGGUUUGAAGACACUUCCUGAGGGUGACUGGUUUUGCCCAUCCUGUUCUUGUGGAAUUUGUGGUGAAAACAAAUUUGAUGGAGGCAGUGAACAGGAUAAUGUUGUUUUCAGUUGUUAUCAAUGCGAACGUCAAUAUCAUGUAGGUUGCCUAAGGAAAUGGGGGCAUGUUAAGUUGGCAAGUUAUCCUAAUGGAACUUGGUUUUGCAGUAAACAGUGUAAAAAGAUAUUUUUGGGCCUUCAGAAGCUUUUAGGGAAAUCAUUUCCAGUAGGUGUGGAUAAUUUAACCUGGACCUUGCUGAAACCCAUUCGAAGUGAAGGUCUUGAGAUUGAUUUACCUGAUAUUGAGGCGUUGACAGAAGUUUACAGCAAGCUCAAUAUUGCUCUUGUUGUCAUGCAUGAAUGUUUUGAGCCCGUUAAAGAACCUCAUACAAGGAGAGAUGUUGUUGAAGAUGUUAUUUUCUGUAGAGGGUCAGAUCUCAACCGUUUGAACUUCCAAGGAUUCUAUACUGUGCUCUUGGAGAGAAAUGAUGAGCUGAUUAGCGUGGCUACUGUAAGAGUAUAUGGAGAAAAGGUGGCAGAAGUGCCACUUAUUGGUACUCGAUUUCAAUAUCGUCGACUAGGAAUGUGUCACAUUUUGAUGAAUGAACUUGAAAAGAAACUCAUGGAAUUAGGAGUGGAGAGGUUGGUGUUGCCAGCUGUUCCUAGUGUGCUAAACACAUGGACUACUUCAUUUGGUUUUUCAAAGAUGACGGAUUCUGAAAGACUAAGGUUUUUGGAUUACAGUUUCCUGGAUUUCCAGGACACGGUAAUGUGCCAGAAACUCUUGAUGAAGAUCCCUUUAGCAAAAUCAAACCAAUCGACUGGAGCUUGGUCAAAGCAUAUUAUUGAUUUCAAUAAGCGUGGUGCCAUCUCUGAAGCUCUUAAAUCAGAACAAGUUGAAGCUGAAAUUGUUGCCCCAGGACCAUCGGACAGUACUUCAAGCAAAGGCGGUGAUGGUAGCAAUAGCCUGCCUGCAACCCAACAGACUGAUCCUGAACAUAAACUGGGCCUCAAUGAAAAUAAUUUAGAGUGCUUGCUCAAAGAUGACAAUCAUAAGGGCAGAGACAUUGGCAAUGGCUAUUUCAAGUGCUACAAGCGAAGGAGAAUACCAUCAGCCAGUGGGAGCUGACUUCAUUCCACGUGCACAGACUAACACAACUAAUUGAAUCUAAAUGCAACUAGUUCCCCAGCGACAUGAAAAAUCAGUAAAUUUUGCUUUGUUCUGUGAGCCAGUCAUUUAGACUGUGUCCCAGGACUUGAAAAUUUUGACUCAGAAAUCUAUAGAUUGCCUUUUUGUAAAGGAUGGAGUGAGUCACAGGAGCUUGAAUUGUGCUCACUUUUAUUUUAUGUAUAGGUCGGAGAAUAGUUUAAUGUAUAGCUCAUUUUGAGUACUUGUUUCACAGACGAACUUGGAGUAAAACCAAUACUGGGUAU